UUCUCACUCUCCUGUGUGGAAAAUCUAUUCGACGAUUCUCUCUCUGGGUUCUGUUUGCUCUCCUUCCUUCCUGCUCUGGGUCGGAAUCUAUGGCGCUCCGUUCCACUUGAUCGGUGGAGUUCUAUCUUCAACUGCCGCAACUCUUUCUGUUAGCCUACUUCAUCCUGGCUUCAGGUCUUUCCCCCUCUCGGGGAACGUGAUUACACCUUUCAAUUUUAGGUUCCGUUUCUCCGAGGAAUCGAUUCUACGAAUUCGGUGGCCUAAUAAUCUCUCAAUUCAAGGAGCAACUGUUGUUGGGAACGUGGGUUUGUUAGGGUUUUAUAUUUCGUGUUGAUUUCUGUUUCGGUAGAUGGCAUACAAUCCUCCGUUCCAGGUGGAGGAUCAGACAGACGAGGACUUCUUCGACAAACUCGUUGAUGACGACUGUAGUCCCGGCGAAGCGCAAGCGUCAGCUUUGGCGACGGGGGUGAAGCUGGAGGCCGGAAAUGACUCCGAUGAUGCCAGAGCUUUUACGAAUCUCUCCAUCGGUGACGAUUCUGGUGGAGAUGGUACUUUGCAUGAAGCAGAACCGGGUAGUGAUGUUGCAGAAGCUACUAUAUCUGGUUCUCUGGAUGCACGCGAUGAUGGCGAAGGCGAUCCUUCAGCGAUUGCUUCCGAAGCUGCAGAAUUUGUCUGUAGUGAUGCAAAUGAAUCAAGCAAUGGAGGAUUGGGAUCGAAGGUGAGAGAGAUGGAAGUAUAUGCGACAGCAGGGGAAAGCCAUAUACUUGAUGGAUCUGGAGGUUCUGGUAUUAAAGAAGUCAGUUGGAGCUCGUUUUAUGCGGAUUCAUCAGUCAAUGGCGGUCACGGGUUUGGUUCAUACUCAGAUUUCUUGAGCGAGGAAAAUUCCGGAGAUUCACAAGGAAAAUCGAAGGAAGAUGUCACUGGUAGCGGUGGUGGGGACAUAAUCUCCAAUGAUACAAAUAACAAAGGCAUCGUUUUAGACAAUUCGGUUGGUUUGUGGCAGGAUCAGGGGGAACUCCACAGUACUUAUGCUUAUGCAAAUGGGCAGGAUGCGGAUAAGAGUCAAUACUGGGAAAAUCUCUAUCCUGGAUGGAAAUAUGAUGGAAAUACUGGGCAGUGGUAUCAAGUUGAUGGUCAUGAAAAUAGCAUGAAUUUGCAGGGAAGCUGUGGCCAUUCGACGGAUAACUGGGAUGGGGUUUCUGCUGAACAAUCAGAUUUUGCUUAUCUGAGACAGAGUACUCAGUCUGCUGCUGAGACAGUGACUGAGACAGGCACAACUGGGAGUGUCUCUGACUGGAACCAGUUUUCACAAGUGAACAAUGGAUAUCCAGAGCAUAUGGUGUUUGACCCUCAGUAUCCAGGUUGGUACUAUGACACAGUUGCUCAGGAAUGGCGCACAUUGGACAGCUACAAUGCGGCUGCUCAAACCCCAGUUCAAGCCCAUAAUCAACAAGUUCAAAAUGGCUAUGUAUCUAGUGGUGGAUAUACUGACCAUAGCAAAAGUAGUGACAUGUAUGGUUGGAAUCAGUCUUACCAUGCCAACAAUAUCACAUGGCAAUCAGAAACUGCCGCUAGGGUUGAGACUUCUGUAACUUAUUCUUUAUCAAGCUUUGAAGGAAACCAGCAAAUGAAUAGUUACCACCGCACAGAGGCUGUUGCUGAACAGCCAGCAAUUGCACAAACAAUUGAAGAGAUGAGUCAGGCACAAUUUAAAGCUAAUGAGAUCGGAGUAGAGAGCUUCAGCCCUCCGCAAACUGGUGUGGGGAUUGUCCAUCAGAAUGGAACAAUGAAUUUCUCAAAUGAUUUCUACGGUAGGCAGAAGUCUCCUGAUGUGUCUCAACACUCAUUUCAGAGCAGUCAACAGUUCUUUCAAGCUCCAACUGCUGGAAGGUCACCUGAUGGACGUCCCCCUCACGUGCUUGUUACUUUUGGUUUUGGUGGGAAGCUAAUCAUUAUGAAAGAGAAUAAUGGUUCUCUCCAGAAUUCAUCAUUUGGGAGCCAGGGAACUCUGGGAAAUCCUAUCUCUGUGUUAAAUUUGGCAGAAGUUUUCUCUGGGAACGCCAAUGAUUCAAGUAUGGGAGGGGACACUUCAGGUUACGUUCGUUGUCUAUACCAACAAUCAUUUCCUGGUCCCUUGGUUGGAGGACAUGUUGGAAGUAAAGACUUAAAUAAGUGGCUUGAUGAGAGAAUCACGAGUUGUGAAUCCCUUGAUGUGGAUUUUUCGAGAGGAAAACUUUUGAGGCUGCUUCUUUCUUUGCUCAAAAUUUCAUGUCAGUGUUAUGGGACACUCCGGUCCCCUUUCGGCACUGAUACAGCACAAAAGGAGAUGGAUACUCCAGAGGCAGCAGUUGCAAGACUUUUCGCAUUUGCCAAGAAAGAUGGUAUCCAAAAUGUUAGUUAUGCAGCUUUAAGCCGAUGCUUGCAGCAUUUACCACCUGAAGCACAAAUGCAAGUAACGGCUUCAGAGGUUCAGAAUCUUCUUGUUUCUGGUAGGAAAAUAGACGCCUUACAAUGUGCACAAGAAGGCCAGUUAUGGGGACCUGCUAUUGUUAUCGCAGCACAGCUGGGGGAUCAGUUCUAUGUUGAUACUGUGAAACAAAUGUCACUUUUCCAGCUGGCACCCGGGUCACCUUUGCGGACAUUGUGUCUGCUAAUUGCUGGGCAACCAGCUGAAGUAUUUUCCAUGGGAAGUACAGGUGAUAUCAGUCUUCCUGGCUCAAUGCAUAUGUCUCAAUCCCAGCCCCAGUUUGGAGGCAAUAGCAUGCUUGACAACUGGGAAGAGAAUUUGGCUAUAAUAACUGCAAACAGAACUAAAGACGAUGAGCUUGUGAUUACUCAUCUUGGAGAUUGCUUGUGGAAAGAAAGGAGUGAGAUUAUCGCAGCACAUAUUUGCUAUUUAGUCGCCGAAAGGAACUUCGAGCCGUACUCUGAUGGUGCAAGACUCUGCCUUGUUGGAGCGGAUCAUUGGAAAUAUCCUCGAACUUACGUCAGUCCGGAGGCCAUCCAGAGGACAGAGUUGUAUGAAUACUCUAAGGUGCUCGGAAACUCUCAGUAUAUCCUGCUUCCAUUUCAGCCGUAUAAGAUCAUAUACGCCCACAUGCUGGCUGAAGUUGGUAAAGUUUCAGAUGCGCUGAAGUACUGUCAAGCAGUAGUAAAAUGCCUCAAAACUGGCAGAGCUCCUGAAGUGGAAAUGUGGAAACAACUUGUUUUAUCGCUUGAAGAGAGGAUCCGUAUCCACCAACAGGGUGGGUAUACUGCAAAUCUUGGCCCAGCAAAACUAGUUGGGAAGUUGCUAAACUUUAUUGACAGUACUGCACAUCGUGUUGUUGGAGGCAUGCCUCCGCCUGCACCAUCAUCGUCAUCGACAGGAAACUAUCAGGUAAAUGAGUAUAGCCAUCAACAACAAGCAAUGGCUAGAGUGUCAACUAGCCAAUCAGCCAUGACAAUGUCAUCAUUGAUGCCAUCUGCUUUAAUGGAGCCGAUACGUGAGGGGGAUGGUAAUGUUAGCACAAUGACAGUUCAGGCUAGAAGUAUAUCAGAACCGGAUUUCGGUAGGACACCGAGAAAGGAUCAGGUUGACUCUUUCAAAGAAAAAGAUGUGGACGGGAUGUCGCAUGAUAAAUCAUCAGAGUCAGGGGCAGGGACAGGUUCGCGGUUUAGUCGCUUUGGUUUUGGAAUACUGAAGAACACAGUUGGGAGGGUCUUACAAGCUAGGCCAAGUCGAGAGGCGAAACUGGGUGAGAAGAACGAAUUCUACUAUGACGAAAAACUAAAGAGAUGGGUAGAGAGGGGCGUGGAACCCCUGGCUGAAGAAUCUACAUUACCACCCCCUCCAACAAUGGCUGCAUUCCUUAACAAUUCACCGGGUUCUGAAGAAAACAAGCAUGACUUGAAUAACGAGAUGUCUCCGCCUAGCGGGAACUCGAGUUUCGACAGCCCAUCUAUCCCUAGCGGCUCGAAUCAAUUCUCGGCUCGUGGACGUAUGGGUGUGCGUGCAAGAUACGUUGACACAUUCAAUCAAGGCAGUGGUGGAAACCCAGCAAGGAACACGUUCCAGUCACCACCAUCUGUGAAGAAACCAUCACUCCCAACAAACACAGCAAAGUUCUUCAUCCCGACCACACCAGUAAACAGCUACCAUGGAACAGAAUCCACGGCCGAAAACUUGCAAGAAGAGAACUCAGCUCUCGCAGCAACAACUAGCCAGCCAUUCCAGUCCCCAACAUCAUCAUCAUCAUCAUCAUCCCCAUCAGUGACUACUAUGCAGAGAUUUCCAAUCAUUGACAACAUUAAACGAACCGGAUCAGAAACAAACGUCAAAGGGGGUCUUCCUCCAUCUGACAAUUCCAGAAGAACCUCUUCAUGGAGUGGAAGCUUCGAUAGCUCCAGCUCCUUUUCCAAAUCUUCAGCAUUUGCACCUUCUACCAGCCCACUGGCACUGAAUUCUAGUAGCAGUUUCGGCGAUGAUCUCCAGGAUGUCCAACUGUAAGUUCCAAAACCAGGUCCCUCCGGUUGCAAAUAGUUAGCUUUUAACUUAUGGGUAUGGUUUCUCUUUUUUUUUUUUUUGCCUGAUGAAAAAGGCACAUACAAGUGUGAUAUGCAUGUUUUGUACAGUGUUUGGUUGGUUCUUCUGUCAGUUUCUUGGAGAGAAUAAUUUGUUUAGGAGUAGUAAUGUUAAUGAUAAUAAUAAAUCCUUAAUUGGGUUUGUAACAUUGAUUCUUGAUCUUGAAAUGUAAUAAUCAUCCUGCAUUUUGGCAAAUU